AUGGCAAGGCCAUUUGAGAAAAUAACUGAUAUUAAUAAGACGAAAGAGUUAUGGAAAAUUGCAGUAAAAGUACACCACAAAUGGACUGUAAUUUCUAACAACAAAGAGCACAUUCAACUUAUAUUUGUUGAUGCAAACGACACAGAUGUUCAUGUUAUAGUACCGACAACUUUGAAAGCAACGUGUGAUUCAGUUUUGUUGGUUAACAACACUUAUACUGUGACAAAUUUCCUGCCUCAAAUUAAUGAUCUCAUGUUCAAAACCUCAGAACAUCCUUUUGUUAUAAGAUUUAUAGCUGGAACUUGUGUUUCUGAUAUAAAUAAGCAUGAAAUACCUGGGAAAAGGUUGAACUUCAAGCCAUUUGCUGAGAAUGUUAUUGGACUGGUAGAAGAGAUUGGGUAUAGACAUAUGAGUGCUGGAAGCAAGAAGCAACAAGUGAACCUAAUUCUAAAACACCUUGUGAAUGCCACAUUGAACUGUACUCUUUGGGAAGCAUAUGUUGUGAAAUUCAUGAACUACGUUCAAAUGAACAAAGACGGUGGUCCGACAAUCAUAUUGUUACAAUAUGCGAAAGUUAAAGUCGAAGGCAAUCUGCUUUCUGUAUCGAACAUGUACAACAUAACAGAUCUGCUCAUUAACGAAGACGUCCUGGGUAUAGUUGAAUUUUGA